AUGACCAAGGCGGAUGCGUCCAAGGGCUCCGACGCGAUGGGUCACAUGAUCCGUCGCGGGACGCUGACGUUGAGUGACGCCGAGUCCGAGAAGGCUCACCUCCUCGCUGGCGGCGAGAAGGAACCGCUCUUGGGCUACAUCCCGAUGGACGGAGACGUGGACGAAGAACUGAUCACGCCCCCCAUUCGGCAGCCGGACUUCGAAGGUGGAGCCCAAAGCGACACGGUUGAGCAGGUCGCGAUGGCUGGCAUUGCUGCCCUAUUGCAGGAACAGCUCCGUCUGCAACUCUCACCAGUGACUUCCGCGGUCGAUAACAUGCAGAAGGAAAUUGCGAGAAUGGAUGGCAACCUGACGGGCUUGAACACUACUCUAUCGGAGACGCUGGACACGCUCGAAAAGCACAUGAACUUGACAGAUGCGCGGGUGGAGAAGCUCGAGCACUUGUGCGAGGAGAUCGGCGGGAGCACCAUCCUCAGCAACGACGCCCUGGAGGCCAAGAUCCGCGAGUGCAUCCAGGAGUACAUGGCGAAGCAACCUCACCAGACGCAGGUGCACGCAGCUUGGUCGACGCAUCUCGGAAAGGAGGGCACAUACACCGACAAACGCAUGGUCGCAGCAGUUACCGGUAACUUGGAUGGCCUCUCCGAUCUAGUUGCGGCUACGACUUGGCUGCAAGACAAGAUGGAACUUUUCCACAACGCGCUCGGCGAGCAGGAAGGACUGCACUUCCACGCUGCGGCCUCGCAGCUGCCCGCGACCCCAGAAGAGGGCGUGGACCUGGCACCCCUGAUGCAGUGCUUGUGCUCCGAGAAGCUAGUGUUCGAAAAGGACGAGACCUGGGAUCACGAGCUCAUCUUCCAGGAGGUCGCCAGCGCGAUGAAUUCCGACGCCGCCAAGGACGAGGAGGGCGAAACGGAAGAAGACAACAAGAUCGGCAACGUGAACACGGGCGCGUGA